AUGAUAUCCAAUUGUUCUAGAUUCUUCACAAAAGCCCUCUUCGUCAACACCAAACCCAAUUUACUCACAUACCCAGCCUUCUCCCUCUCUCGGAAUCUCUCGAUUCAUCUUCAUCAGGUUCUUGCAAUGGCUUCUGAAUCUGCCUCCUCUUCACCUUUCAAGAAAAUCCAGAUUCAGAGAGACGACACGGCAUUUGAUGCCUAUGUGAUUGGGAAAGAAGAUGAUCUUGGGAUUGUUGUGCUUCAGGAUUGGUGGGGUGUUGAUUUUGAGAUCAAGAAGCAUGCUAUUGAAGCACAUUCGAAUUGCACAUGCAUUUCAUUUAAAAACUGA